AUGGCGCCCUCCGCAGUAUCUGAUAUCUUGCCCUCCACUAUCGUCUCCAAAUCGGUCCAGCCCGAGAAGGAGGCGGCACACGUCCAUGGCAUGGAAGAUAAGAGUCCGCUUCAGGCCAUCUCUCACGGCGAUGUGACACUCGCUGGCAUUCCCACCUUUCCGUCAUUCGCCGAGAAGCGUCAAUGGCAACUGGAGCAUAUGGCUGCGGCAUUCCGACACUGGAGCCGCGAAGGCUUCGUGUUCGGCAUCUCCGGCCAUAUCUCAGUGCGCGAUCCUGAAUGGACCAACUGCAUCUGGCUCAACCCGCUGGGCAAGCACUUUGGCCUCCUGAACGCCUCAGACAUGGUCCUUGUUAACCUCGAUGAUGGCAAGGUCGUUGGUGGCAACCGCUCGAGGCCGGCCAAUGCUGCCGGCUUCUUGAUCCAUGCUCCUAUCCACAGGCGACGACCCGAUGCCCACUCCGUCUGCCAUGCUCAUACCAAAUACGGCAAAGCCUGGUCCGUCUUUGGCAAGCCGCUCGAGAUGCUGACUCAAGAUGCGUGCAAGUUCUACAAUGCGCACGCUUGCUACAACCAGUAUGGUGGCGUGGUACUAGCCGAAGAGGAGGGCGAGAGAAUUGCCGAGGCGCUGGGUAACGGCAAGGGUGCUCUUCUCCGUAAUCACGGUCUCUUGACUGUUGGCCAGACGGUCGACGAGGCAGCUUUCCUGUUCUGGAGCAUGGAGAAGGCGUGUGAAGGCCAGAUUCUCGCCGAAAUGGCCGCCGCGAACGGCCUGAAGAAGGUUCUGAUUACCGACGAGGAGGCUGAAUACAAUUUCAGGAUGGAAAGCGACGCUGAGACUUGCUACUGCGAGUUCCAAGCGUAUUACGAUUAUGAGGAUCACCUGCUCAAAGGAGAGUUCAAGAAGUAA